AUGGAAAGUAUUGAUGUGAACACGACAUCAGGUGUAGUGAGAGGUCUCUCUAUAAAUGUGUUGAACACAUGUGUCCAUCAGUUUUUGGGUAUACCUUAUGCUGAACCACCAGUCGGUGCGCUUAGGUUUGCUAAACCAGUUCCACUGAAAACACCAAAACAGUACGUAAUCGAUGCCACAAAAUUGGGCAACUCAUGCAUGCAAAAAGCGGACCCUGAUACAACAAAACUAUUGCCUAACCUCACGUACAGCGAAGACUGUUUGGUGCUAAACAUUUGGACACCAAAUGUACAAAAUAAUAGACAUCGCAAAAGGCGGCGGCUACUAAAAUCACAUAAAUCACGUGACUUGAAACCAGUCAUGUUUUACAUACAUGGAGGCGGUUUGCAAACGGGGUCCAUAUUUUUUAUGACCGCAUAUAAUGGCAGCGUUUUGGCCACACAUGACGUGGUGAUUGUGUCGACUAAUUAUCGGUUGGGACCGUUUGGCUAUUUGUACGCAGGGGUGGAGUCCGCGCCCGGAAAUGUGGGCUUUUUUGACCAGUUAUUGGCUCUUAAAUGGGUUAGAGAAAAUAUUCACCGAUUCGGUGGGGAUAAGGAUAAGAUCACUAUAUUUGGUGAGAGCGCCGGUAGUUGGUCCACAUCGGCGCACAUAGUGUCGCCGCUAACUAAAGGCUUAUUCCGGAGGGCUAUUAUGCAAAGUGGUGCCCAUAUGUACAACAAGGACAGGGAUGUCAUCAGCAAAUCGGAGGCUCUAGAUCUGGCUAAACAAACGGCGCGACAACUGAAUUGCAGUGAUGAUGACCAAUGGUUGCAAUGUCUGAGGGGUGUCGGUGCUGACCACCUCUUACAGACUGAGACCAAACUCGAAACAUUCCCGGUGUUGGGCACCGAAUAUAUGCCACUUUCCGAGCAAAAGGCAUUUUUGGACCACAAAUUCAAUUCAGGCAUCGACUUAAUGGCAGGCAUUACCCAAAACGAGGGGUCGUUCCUGUCGAGAGCCAUCGAUAGGCGCAUCGAGGGUAUGACUGUCGACAGGUUUCAAGAGGAUGUCCUCAAAACCGAUCACAUGUUUCACGGACUGGACGUCCAAAGGGUUACCGAUUUCUACCUGAAGGGUGUCAACCGCACGGAUCCGGUGGCCAUUCGGUGGGCUUUCUAUGACUUUUUCGGUGACCUCUUCAUGAAGUGUCCGACAUAUCUGUUCGCCAAACGGUUCAAGACUAUUGUCAAACACCGGAAAAACGUCUACUUUUACCUACUUACUUAUGUGAACCCCUUGGCGGCCAAACUGCUUAAUUGUGACCCGGCUACUAUGGGCGUUUGUCACACCAUGGAUAUACCCUUUGUGUUUGGUUUGCCGUUAACUUUACCGCAACUUUUUACGCCCGAAGACCAAGUCUUUAGUCGACAAGUCAUGAAAAUGUGGACCGAUUUUGCUAAAUACGGUAAACCGGACGAAGUUUGGCCGCAACUGUUGGAUAAUAAUGUGGUAAAAGUCCGAGACUUAAAUCCGGUGAAUAUAAGCCGGGUAUUGGACGACCCAUUUCACGCAAUAUGCGAUACCUUUUGGAAAGACUACUAUUUGUGA